AGUUUUCUUCUUUUCUCCUACGGUUAGCUCCCUCUCUCUCUCUACAUUUCUUUCGUCAAAAGUUUAUUGAUCACUCUCUUUUGAGCUUAAUCCCCCAUCAAUUUCUCUCGUUCUGUUCAUUCAUGGAUCCACCUUUUCCAUCUCAUAGUGGCUUCAAUUCUCCACGAAGAAGUCCUCUUGUGAUCAAAUUUCGACCAAACAAUUUCUGGGUUUGAGCGGUUUCCGUGAAGAAGUUACUUUGAGCUCAAUUUUCGGUCAAACAAUUCUCGGGUUUGAGCUGUUUACUGGUUGCAUAUUCUGGCGUUGAAGGCUAAGGAGGGAGGAUAUGAAAGUACCUUGUUGUUCGGUUUGCCAAACACGGUACAACGAGGAGGAGAGAGUCCCUCUUCUGCUCCAAUGCGGGCAUGGCUUUUGCAGAGAAUGCUUAUCGAGAAUGUUCUCGGCGUCCGUCGAUACGACGUUGCCUUGUCCCAAGUGUCGCCAUGUAUCUAAUGUCGGGAACUCUGUUCAAUCUCUUCGUAAGAACUACGCCGUUCUCGCGCUUAUCCACUCAGCAUCGAAUGCGUCCCGGUCGAAUUUUGACGGUGACUUCACUGACGAUGAAGAAGACGGGGACAGGGACGAUGAGUCUGUCAUAUUCAGCCGUCGUGGGUCCCAGGCGUCGAGUUCGGGAACGUGUGGACCUGUGAUCGAGGUUGGGGUGCACCGGGAAGUAAAAUUCCUGCGGCGGAUAGGUGAGGGGAGGAGGGCCGGAAUGGAAACGUGGACGGCGGUGCUCAGUGGAGGCGGCAGAAGUGGACAGUGCAGGCACUAUGUAGCGGUGAAGAAGGUAGGGAUAACAGAAGAAAUGAAUUUGAAUUGGGUGCGUGGACAGCUUGAGAAUUUGCAUCGUGCAUCGAGGUGGUGUAGAAAUGUGUGCACGUUUCAUGGGGUUAUGGAGGUGGACAAGAGUUUGUGUCUUGUGAUGGACCGGUGUUAUGGAUCGGUUCAGUCUGAGAUGCAGCGCAAUGAGGGAAGACUCACUUUGGAGCAAGUCCUAAGGUAUGGGGCUGACAUUGCACGAGGGGUGGCUGAGCUUCAUGCUGCAGGUGUUGUUUGCAUGAAUCUAAAGCCAUCCAAUCUUCUUCUUGAUGCAAAUGGUCAUGCAGUGGUUUCUGAUUAUGGACUUGCCGGAAUUCUGAAGAAGCCUUCCUGUUGGAAGGCCCAGCCAGAGUGUGACUCCUCGAAGAUCCAUUCAUGUAUGGAAUGUAUAAUGCUCAGCCCGCAUUACACGGCUCCAGAGGUCUGGGAGCCUGUGAAGAAGUCAAAUUUAUUCAGAGCUGAUUCCACAGGUGUAUUCACAGAGUCGGAUGCCUGGAGUUUUGGUUGUACUUUGGUGGAAAUGUGCACGGGUUUUGUUCCUUGGGCUGGUCUAAGUGCGGAGGAAAUUUAUCAAGCCAUUGUCAAGGCGCGGAAAUUGCCUCCACAGUAUGCUUGUAUUGUUGGUGGCGGAAUACCUAGGGAAUUAUGGAAGAUGAUUGGAGAGUGCUUGCAGUUCAAGCCAUCUAAAAGACCUAGUUUUAGCGCAAUGUUAUCUACCUUUCUCCAUCAUUUGCAGGAAAUACCCUGCAGUCCUCCUGCAAGCCCUGAUAAGGAUUCUAUUGAAUGCUCUGUGUCAAAUGUGCUAGAAGCUUCCCCUCAAGCACUUGAAUUGAAACUUCCUCAAGAUUAUGUGAACCAUCUUCAUCGGCUUGUAUCUGAAGGGAAUGUUCGCGGUGUUAGACAUCUUCUUGCAAGGGCCGUCUCAGUAAAUGGUAGCAACUAUAUAUCUUCUCUAUUGGAAGCUCAAAAUGCUGAUGGGCGAACUGCUCUCCACUUGGCUUGUAGGCGUGGCAGUGUAGAACUUGUUGAGGCUAUUUUGGCAUGCAAAGAAGCAGAUGUUGAUAUCUUGGACAAAGAUGGAGUUCCUCCACUUGCUUUUGCCUUAGCAGCAGGAUCUCCAGAAUGUGUUCGUAGUCUUGUCAAAAGAAAUGUUAAUGUGAGGUCUCAAUUAAGAGAUGGCUUUGGCCCAUCUAUUGCUCACAUUUGUGCCUAUCAUGGCCAACCAGAGUGCAUGCGAGAGUUAUUAUUGGCUGGAGCUGAUCCAAAUGAAGUUGAUGACCAAGGUGAAUCUAUACUGCAUUGUGCAGUUGCCAAGAAGUAUACAGAUUGUGCUCUAGUGAUACUAGAAAAUGGGGGCUGCAGAUCAAUGGCCAUCUUAAAUUCAAAGAAUCUGACACCAUUGCACUUGUGUGUGCAAACUUGGAAUGUGGCUAUUGUAAAAAAAUGGGUCGAAGUUGCAACUUCUGAUGAGAUUGCUGAAGCAAUUGACAUACCAAAUCCCAUUGGCACUGCAUUGUGCAUGGCAGCUGCAGCUAAGAAAGAUUGUGUAAUUGAGGGAAGGGAAUUGGUUCAAAUAUUGCUUGCUGCAGGUGCUGACCCAUCUGCUCAAGAUUCACAGUAUGGACGAACAGCUUUGCAUACAGCUGUCAUAUCUAAUGAUGUGGAGUUGGUUAAGGUUAUUCUUGCUGCCGGUGUCGAUGUGAACAUUCGUAACGAGCAAAAUAGUACACCUCUUCACUUGGCAUUAACAAAUGGGGCAAAGUCAUGUGUUAAAUUGCUUCUAUCUGCUGGGGCGAAUUAUAAUUUGCAGGAUGAUGAUGGUGACAAUGCUUUGCACAAAGCAGCAAAGGCUGCAAAAUUGGCACGCGAAAACCUUGACUGGCUCAUUGUUAUGCUAAGAAGGCCUGAUGCUGAUGUGCAUGUCAGAAACCACAGUGGAAGGACGCUACGUGACAUAUUGCAGGCCCUUCCCCGGGAAUGGAUAUCUGAAGAUCUGAUGGAGUCACUCAUGUAUAGAGGAGUUCAUCUGACUCCUACAAUGUUUGAAGUGGGAGAUUGGGUGAAGUUCAAAAGAACUGUCACAACUCCAACAUACGGGUGGCAAGGUGCUAGUUCAAAGAGCGUUGGCUUUGUGCAAAAUGUUCCAGGCAAAGACAGACUCAUUGUUUCAUUUUGUUCUGGAGACGCUCAUGUUUUAGCAAAUGAAGUUGUGAAAGUCAUUCCAUUAGACAGGGGUCAACAUGUACAGCUGAAAUCAGAGGUUAAAAAGCCUAGGUUUGGUUGGCGCGAACAGUCACGUGACAGCAUAGGCACAGUAUUAUGCAUUGAUGAUGAUGGAAUCCUACGGGUAGGGUUUCCUGGAGCAUCCAGGGGAUGGAAAGCUGACCCAGCAGAGAUGGAACGGGUUGAGGAAUUCAAGGUUGGAGACUGGGUACGCAUUCGUCCAACUCUUACAUCUACAAAGCAUGGGUUAGGGUCUGUUACACCGGGAAGCAUUGGUAUUGUAUCUUCUAUCAGACCGGACAGUAGCCUGCUGAUAGAACUCAGCUAUCUUACAACUGCAUGGCAUUGUGAACCGGAAGAGGUUGAGCAUGUUGCUCCUUUCAGGAUUGGAGAUCGGGUAUGUGUGAAACGAUCUGUUGCAGAACCUAGGUGUGCUUGGGGAGGUGAGACUCAUCAUAGUGUCGGAAGAAUCAGUGAGAUUGAGAAUGAUGGCCUCUUAAUAAUUGAUAUACCAAACCGACCAAUACCAUGGCAAGCUGAUCCAUCUGAUAUGGAGAAGCUAGAAGAUUUUAAGGUUGGAGAUUGGGUUAAAAUAAAAUCUUCAGUGUCAUCCCCAAGAUAUGGAUGGGAGGAUGUUACCAGGAACAGUAUUGGGGUAAUUCAUAGCUUGGAGGAAGAUGGCGAUAUGGGUAUCGCUUUCUGCUUCAGGAUUAAGCCUUUUUGUUGCUCUGUCACAGAUGUGGAGAAAGUGCCCCCUUUAGAGGCAGGGCAAGAAAUUCAUGUGAUGCCAUCCGUUACUCAGCCUCGACUUGGAUGGUCAAAUGAAUCACCAGCUACUGUUGGAAAAAUAGUGAUGAUUGACAUGGAUGGUGCUCUCAAUGUUAGAGUCACAGGGAGGCAGACCUUGUGGAGAGUUUCUCCUGGAGAUGUAGAACAACUUUCGGGAUUUGAAGUUGGUGACUGGGUACGUUCAAGACCAAGCGUGGGAACCAGACCAAGUUAUGAUUGGAAUGGUGCUGUGAAGGACGGUAUAGCAGUUGUGCACAGUAUACAGGAUUCUGGAUACUUGGAAUUGGCUUGCUGUUUUCGUAAACAGAGGUUCUUCACUCAUUAUACUGAAGUUGAAAAGGUUCCAUGCUUUAAAGUUGGGCAGCAUGUUAAGUUCCGAACUGGUUUGGUUGAACCAAGGUGGGGCUGGAGAGGUGCUCAGGUUGAAUCUCAAGGCGUUUUAACCAGCAUCCAUGCUGAUGGAGAAGUAAGGGUAUUAUUCUUUGGUUUGCCGGGUUUGUGGAGAGGAGAUCCUGCAGACCUUGAAAUUGAGCAGAUGUUUGAAGUGGGGGAGUGGGUAAGGUUGAAAGAUAAUGCAAGUAAUUGGAAAUCCAUUGGACCAGGUAGCAUUGGUAUUGUACAAGGAAUAGGAUUUAAAGGUGAUGAAUGGGACAGAAGCAUUUGUGUUGGCUUUUGCGGGGAGCAAGAAAGUUGGGUUGGACCAACUUCUCAUCUUGAAAGAGUUGACAAACUCUCUGUUGGGCAGAAGAUUAGAGUCAAGCAAACUGUAAAGAAUCCAAGAUUUGGUUGGGCAGGGCACACCCAUGCUGACGUUGGAACCAUAUCAGCAAUUGAUGCUGAUGGAAAGCUUCGAAUAUACACUCCACCAGGCUCAAAAGCACGGAUGUUGGACCCGUCAGAAGUAGAAUCGGUGGAAGAGGAGGAGGAGAUACAAAUUGGAGACUGGGUGAAGGUUAGAGCAUCAGUUUCAACCCCAACCCACCAGUGGGGAGAAGUGGGUCACUCAAGCAUUGGGGUGGUACAUCGAAUGGAAGGCAAGGAUCUCUGGGUGUCAUUCUGUUUCAUGGAGAGACUAUGGCUUUGUAAGGCAUGGGAAAUGGAAAGGGUGAGGCCAUUCAAAAUUGGGGACAAGGUAAGGAUCAGAGAUGGACUUGUCAGUCCAAGGUGGGGUUGGGGAAUGGAGACACAUGCUAGCAAGGGAGAGGUGGUAGGGGUAGAUGCUAAUGGAAAAGUAAGGAUAAAAUUCAGGUGGAGGGAAGGGAAGCCCUGGGUAGGAGACCCUGCCGAUAUUGUUCUUGAUGAGAAGUGAUUUGUUUCCUAUCAUCAUAUUGAGAAAAUCUUUUACACAACUAGGUUUCCUAGUUCAGCUCCUGAGCCCUGUUUUCUGGCCUUGGGGCUUGUACAUAGAUUGUUAGAGCUUUAGUCUCAUUUUAAGCAGACGCCUAUGAAAUAACUUUAUUAGGUUAGAAUGCCAUUGGAGAUUCUGAGGGUAGCAAAUGGAAGAUUGGCAGUGGGACUGGGCUGUUCACAUUCAGUACACUGAGCUAAAGUAUCUACCAGAUUAUGAGGUAUAUAUAUAAUUCAUAUUUUUUAUACAAA